ACCCCGCGAACAAACCAAUAUCUAGAAAAACUCGCUUCUUCUCUGUUUCUCUAAUUAUUCAUCUGUUUAUCAUAGGCUCUGUUUUUCUUUUCCAAAACUGAGCAUGGCUCGAAAACUCACAUUUUCUCCUUUUAUCUUACUAUUCUCUUUAGCAUUCAUCGUUUUAGCAGAGGGGGGUUCGAUCAGUAUAAACUACGGUAGAAUUGCAAAUGACUUACCACAACCAUCGAAGGUAGUGGAGUUAUUGAAGUCUCAUGGAAUUAACCGAAUCAAGCUCUACGACACUGACUCAACCGUUCUAACCGCGCUGGCUAACUCAGGCAUAAACGUCGUCGUUGCACUCCCAAAUGAGCUUCUUUCCUCCGCCGCGGCUGACCAAUCCUUCACCGACAAAUGGGUACAAGCCAAUAUCUCUCAGUACUACCCCACGACGAAGAUCGAAGCCAUUGCAGUCGGCAACGAAGUCUUCGUCGACCCGAACAAUACGACCCAGUUCCUCGUACCCGCCAUGAAAAACCUUCACUCUUCUCUGAUAAAACUAAACCUCAACUCCUCCAUAAAACUCUCCUCCCCCAUCGCCCUGAGCGCUCUCCAAUCCUCAUACCCGCCUUCCACCGGAUCCUUCAAAUCCGAAUUGGUCCAGCCCGUGAUCAAACCCAUGUUGGAUUUUUUACGUCAAUCAGGGUCGUACCUCAUGGUCAACGCGUACCCUUUCUUCGCUUACGCAGCAAACGCAGAUAAAAUCUCCUUAGACUACGCUCUGUUUCGGACCAAUUCCGGCAAUGUUGAUUCGGGCAACGGGUUGCGUUACUACAGUCUGUUCGAGGCUCAACUCGACGCCGUUUUCGCAGCCAUGUCGGCUUUAGGAUACGACGAUGUAAAGGUUGCUGUUACUGAAACCGGUUGGCCUUCAAAAGGGGACGAAAAUGAGGUUGGGGCUGGCCAGCAAAACGCAGCGUCGUAUAACGGAAACUUAGUCAGACGUGUCCUUACAGGGAGUGGGACCCCAUUGAGACCCAACGAACCACUUGAUGUUUACCUAUUCGCUUUGUUUAACGAGAACCAGAAGCCCGGACCCACAUCGGAGAGAAAUUAUGGACUGUUUUACCCUAACGAGCAGAAAGUGUACGACAUUCCGUUAACUGCAGCGGAAAUUAACGGCAAAGAGACAACGCCGGUAAACGGAAGCAAAGAGCAAGUUCCAGCUACCAGUGACGUGUCCACGGCGGCAGCAGGUACGACGUGGUGCGUGGCGAAUGAGGAAGCUGGGGAUGAGAAGCUCCAGGCCGCACUGGAUUAUGCCUGUGGCGAGGGAGGGGCUGAUUGCCGUCCGAUCCAGGAAGGAUCCACGUGUUACAAUCCUGACUCGCUUGUGGCCCAUGCCUCGUAUGCUUUCAAUAGCUAUUAUCAGAAGAAGGCACGUGGUACUGGCACAUGUAAUUUUGGUGGUUCGGCUUAUGUUGUCACCCAACCUCCCAAAUUUGGGAGCUGCGAGUUUCCCACUGGUUAUUAAAACCAUGAAAAUUGAGCCGUUGGGUGAAAAUUCAGAUAUAGAUUUGUUGGGAUUAGAUUAUUCUUUUUUGUCAUUGUUUUCAUUAGAAAAUUGGUGGACUUAUUAUUAUUAUUAUUAUUAUUAUUUGUUUAUAAUAUGGUGAGAUUAGGUGUGGUUGAUUAUGUUGAUCGUUCGGUAUGUAAUUAUGUCCCAUGGCCUAUAGUUUUCUGAUUCUAUACGGCUUGAUAUUAUAUGUUACCUAUUAUUAUUCUUAUUUUUCCUUAAAUAAAUUUUGGAGUUGUGAAUGGAA